UUUGCCCUCAAAUCGGCGUCAAUCUAAAGCCGACGCAAAGCCCCCAAACUUGGGGAAAAGGGAAGAAAGAAUAGGGUACAAUUUGGUUACUUCCUCACACACAUACACACACACACAUAUAUAUAUAUAUAUAUUAUAAAUAAAAAUGCCAGUGACGAGAGGGGUCUCCGGGACGCCACCGGUGAAGCCUCCGGUGCUCACAGAAGAGGAAAAUGCCGCGCGCGCGGCGAGGCUUCGGGCGGAUCACGCGGCUUACAUCAAAUCCAUCGCGACCAUGCGAAAUCUACCCCGACUUCGCUCCACCAUCGCGGGGGCCGGGGGAAAAACAAACGAACAGGCCCGAAUCGCCGAGGAGAUCGAGGCCGAGCGGCAGGCCCGACUUCACGCGGCAGCCACGGCAGCAGCCACCGCGCAGGAAGUGAAGGCGGCUCACGACGCCAAAGUUGAAAAGCUCGCGGAGCGGCAGACGAAAAAAAAGAAAACGGGAUCGAAAAAAUAAGGCGCGAGCGCAGCGAAGGAAGGUCGAGGACGCGCCGGAAAAGGAUGGGGAAACGGGCUCGGAGGAUGCAGGGUCUAGUGAAGGGUCCGACGCGAUGAUGUAGGCAGUCCAUGCCUACUAUACCUCCUCCUCUAAAAAAAGAGGGAAAUCAAGCCUCUUAACGAUCUUGCGCGGUAUCCUCUUAUUCACAGUAUUUUAUAUUUCCUCUUACUCACAUAAACGGUACGCUGGUGGAAUGUCAUGAGUGGAUGUCGUUCUUUGUUCUGUAUAAACCUAAGGGCACUGCCAUCCCAAUAUGGUAGCGCUGGUUAGUUGAUGGUAAAAAUCCAUACACAUACAUACAUAUAUGCAGCACUGAUGAGAAAGUGAUGAUAAUGUCUACCCCAAGAUGAUCCCCAUGGAACAAGGAUUUCACAGCAG